AUGCUCAAUUUUACUGAUGUGACAGAAUUUAUUCUUUUGGGAUUAACCAGUCAUCCUGAAUUGCAACUCCUUUUCUUUGUGAUUUUCUUAAUGGUCUACAUUAUCACCCUGGUUGGGAACAUUGCCAUGGUCAUAUUAAUCAGGAUCAGUCCCCAGCUCAGCAGCCCCAUGUACUUUUUCCUCAGUCACUUGUCUUUUGCUGAUGUGUGGUUCUCCUCUAACAUCACCCCUAAAAUGUUGGAAAACUUGAUAUCGCAGACCAAAACCAUUUCCUACUCCGGUUGUAUAGUGCAAUGUUUCUUCUUCAUUGCCUUUGUCCACGUAGAAGUCUUCAUCCUUGCUGUGAUGGCCUUUGAUAGAUACAUGGCGAUUGGCAACCCUCUAUUAUACGGCAGCAGAAUGUCAAGGACUGUCUGUAUCCGACUGAUCUCGUUUCCUUAUAUAUAUGGCUUCUUUAUCAGUCUGAUCUCAACACUCUGGACUCAUGGUUUAUACUUCUGUGGGAACAUUGAGAUCAACCACUUCUACUGUGCAGACCCAGCUCUCAUCAAAAUGGCCUGUGCUGGGACCUUCAUUAAAGAAUACACCAUGCGCACUUUAGCGGGUCUCAACUUCUCUUAUUCCUUAUUGAUUAUUAUUGUCUCCUAUGUGUUUAUCCUGAUUGCCAUCUUAAAAAUGCAUUCAGCAGAAGGAAGAAAGAAAGCCUUCUCCACAUGUGGGUCCCACCUGACAGCUGUAACCAUAUUUUAUGGAACUCUCUUCUUCAUGUAUCUUAGAAGCCCAACUGAGGAGUCUGUGGAGCAGGGAAAAAUGGUGGCUGUGUUUUAUACCACAGUGAUUCCUAUGUUGAACCCCAUGAUCUACAGUCUCAGGAACAAGGAUGUGAAGGAGGCUAUGAGCAAAGCAAUCAGUAGAACAUUUUUAAGUAAAUAA